UAGACUGCGUGUUUCACUCGUAAAAUUGACAACCGACUUACAGUGAUACGCCAUUUUGAUAAGUGUAUUCGCUAAGUGUUAUAUUAGUAUCAAUAUCCCAAAUCCGUAGUUCUGUAGUUUCGCAAUUGUUUUCCAUUGUGACUAUGAGUUUGUCUUUAAAUAGCUUUACUUCUAAGCGUAGUGCCAUCAAUAAAUAUAUUUUAAAACUAGCACCUUAGUUCUAUUAUAAAAUUAAAAAGAAAAAAUGCAAUUUAUCGGUGAUUUUUGGAUUAUUUGUUUGGUAUACUCUGUAAUUCUAUUCUAUAAUGGUCGUGUAAGAAGUAAUUAUCAUAAAGUAUUUGGAAACCAGAUAAUUGAAUAUAAUGAAAGCGACACCAUGACUGUAUUAAUCACUCUGAGAAAUACAACCAGUUACAAAAAUGCCACCCUAUUUUACUCAAAUGAAAAUUUUCUCACAAACUUCCACCUCACUCUUAACCUGCUGGCCGAGUAUGAUGGAGUUGUUCUUUACGUCAUAAUAUUCUUUGAAGACAACAGAAAUGUAACAAAACCUGUUUUCGGAUUGAAGCUUGCGCGUGGUCCAAAUAAUACUAGACACGUCUGCCUGUCGUCUUGCGAAAUAAUUAUUGAGGUCCAUAGUAUUCAAGAUGACGAAGAUGGAGAUGAACGUAAGACGAAUAUGAAGAAACCAUGUAUAAACUCCUCAUGUGGUCCAAAUGCAGAGUGUAAAAAUAUUGGCAGUGAUGUCUCAUGUUUCUGUCAUUCGAACUUUACUGGAAAGCCUCCAAAUUGUUACCAAUUAUCUGAUCAAUCAGAAUGCAGUUCAAAUAAAACGUGUGCUAGUGAUCGUUGUAUAAGUAAUAAAUGUCAAGAUCCUGAUAAUACCGAUAGUAAAUCUCGUAAAAUUGCUAUAUAUUUGUCUGCAGGACUUAUUGCAAUAAUUGUUUGUGGUUUUUUAAUGCAUUUGGGUAUCAAACGUUGGAAAAGCUCACGAAAUAUCUCAAAAGAAGAAUACGUAUAUACGUAUGUACAUCCAGUACAAAAUCAAAUGCUGUACGCAGACUUAGAUGUGGGAACUUCAAUAUCAAAUGAACUACCGACACUAAAUCAAACAGUCUAUACACGUAUCAUAGGUGUUCUAAAGCAAAAAUAAAUGGAAAGACUUAAAGAUAUACAAUAAACUUUAUUUUAUUGACAUAAUAUGUACCACCUAAGCAUAUUAUAAAAGCUGAUGGAGCGCUCGGAAUUAAGUUCCGACCAGUGAAGCAAAGCGAAUGGAAUGACCUAGCUGUGCCCGCGGAUUUAUCCGCAUUUAUUUCAGUUUUUAACUGUAAGAAUAUUAUUGUAACUGAAAUAAAAUUAAAUGUUAUUGAUGGAUUAUCUAUUACAAACAAACCAAUCUUUAUUCAUAAUAUGAUUAUGUACGACUAGGUCCGCACGGUCCACGCUAAAAUAUUUUUUUUUGUUAUAAUAAAACGUCCCUUCUAAUAAUAGUAAUCAGUUGCUUUCAAUUAUCGUUGUACUUACAAACUACCACCCUUGUUUUAGCCCUAAAAAAGUUUAAUAACA